UCCAUCUCUUGACAGUAUUUGAGACCUUGCACGAGAAACUCUCAGUCCAGCUCAACUGUAAAACUGGGCCACUACUACCUGACUCGGUUGUCGCAAGGCAUAAAGAGAAUAUAUGCAAAGCCUCUGGUACACCGUAAGCAAGAACGGGGAGCGGGAGCGGAAUGCUUGUCGAGUGUAAGCAGAGGAGUCCCGACCUAAGGUGACGGAGGUAACGCGGCCAGGUCUCCAAACGCCGCGGCCGGCCCCCACCCCUCUUCCGGGUGGACUGCGUGGACCUGUCCUCUCGCCGCUCUGGCCCCGCGCCCCGCCUGCCUUCCCUAGCGCGGCUCCGCCCCGGCCGCCAGCGGGCGCAGAAGCGUCUGGAACCCGGACCCACCCGGGAUACUACUCUGGCCCCGCGGAGCAGGCGGAGCAGGUAACUCCAUGCAUUGGAGACCAUGGAUAAAUAUGAUGUGAUUAAGGCCAUUGGGGAAGGUGCCUUUGGGAAAGCAUACCUGGCCAAAGGGAAAUCAGAUAGCAAGCACUGUGUUAUAAAAGAGAUCAAUUUUGAAAAGAUGCCCAUCCAAGAAAAAGAAGCUUCAAAGAAAGAAGUCAUUCUUCUGGCGAAGAUGAAACAUCCCAACAUUGUAACCUUCUUCAGUUCAUUUCAAGAGAACAACAGGCUGUUUAUUGUGAUGGAGUACUGUGAUGGAGGGGAUCUCAUGAAAAGGAUCAAAAAACAACGGGGAGUGUUACUUAGUGAAGAUCAGAUUCUGAGUUGGUUUGUACAGAUUUCUCUAGGACUGAAACAUAUUCAUGACAGGAAGAUCUUACACAGGGACAUAAAAACACAGAACAUUUUCCUUAGCAAGAAUGGAAUGGUUGCAAAGCUUGGGGACUUUGGUAUUGCAAGAGUCCUGAACAAUACCAUGGAACUUGCUAGAACUUGUGUUGGAACGCCUUACUACUUGUCCCCAGAGAUCUGUCAGAAUAAACCCUACAACAAUAAAACGGAUAUUUGGUCUCUUGGCUGCGUCUUAUAUGAGCUCUGCACACUCAGACAUCCUUUUGAGGGUAACAACUUACACCAGCUGGUUCUGAAGAUUUGUCAAGCUCGUGUUCCCCCAAUAUCUCCAAGGUUUUCCCAUGACCUACAGUCCUUAAUAUCCCAGCUCUUUGAAGUAUCUCCCCGAGCUCGACCAUCCAUUAGUUCCAUUUUGAAAAGGCCCUUUUUAGAGAAUCUUAUGGCCAAAUACUUGACUCCCGAGGUCAUUCAGGAAGAAUUCAAUCACACCCUCAGACAUAAAGCAAGAUCGUCUGCUUCUCGACCUGCUGAGAAGGUGGUCCCAGAUUUUAAAAUGCAGAAAGUGAGAUUCCAGGGAAAGUGCCUGCCAAGAUCAAGGAGGAAGGACAUAUAUAGAAAUGAAUGGAGACCGCCAGCUGGAGCCCAGAAGCCCGUAUCUAUAAAAAUGGUAGAAAGGCCCAAACUUGCUGCAGUGUGUGGACAUUAUGAUCAUUAUUAUGAUCAACUUGACUUGUUGAGGAAGAGAGCCAAUGGACAAAAUUACCACUAUGUUCCUCAAAAAGAUACCAGAGUUGAGGAGAAUUAUAAUCAGGAAGAAAGCCACAGUCCAUCUUCAGGUCAAUGGCUUGCCGAAUACCUUCAGAGGAAAUGUGAAGCUCAACGACAUAAGCUGAAAGUGCAAAAGCAAUUGGGUAUUCGUCCAUCUUCUGCUGAGCCAAAUCACAACCAGAGACAAAAGCUAAGAAGUAAUGGGGAAGAGCCUGGAUUCCAGGAGCUGCAGUUCAGGAGAAAUGAAAGGAAGGAGCAGGAAUACUGGAAGCAGCUAGAAGAAAUACGCCAACAGUACCACAACGACAUGAAAGAAAUUAGAAAGAAGAUGGAGUGUGAACUGGAGGAAGACUCAAAAAUAAGUCAUAAAACAUACUUGGUGAAGAAGAGUGACCUGCUCAUCCACCAAGAGGCACCUGAGGAAGAAGCACCUGUGCAGGAUAUUGAAAGAGACUUGAAACAAAUUGGACUUCAGAACACAAAGGAAAGUAAAAUUCCGGAACAAAAACAUAAAGCUAAGAGAGGGAUAAAGUUUGAAAUUAAUUUAGACAAAUGUAUUUCUGAUGGAGACACCCUCCAAGAGGAAGAGGCAAUGGAUAUACUGAAUGAAACUUUGACCUCUGAGGACGACGUUAAGUUUAAAGGGUAUAAAUGUAUAAAGGAGCAUGAAGAUUAUACAGACAAAGCAUUUGAAAAACUCUGUUGCCGGGAAGCAGAUGAUGGGAUCCACACAGCCUGCUGGAGCCCCAUCUUCCCUUGCAGCUAUGUGAGCAUUCACACACCCUGGCUCGCCUCCGUUUCCUCUUCCUGGAAUCGUACACUUUGCCUCAUUUCCACCUGGAAAAAUCUUUAUUCAAUUCAGCAGGCAUCUUGUGGAAAAUCUCCCUUCUGCCAGACUGUGCUAGACGGCCGAGUGAUCAUGAUUGAAGGCAUUCCAGAAAACAGGAAACAGUGGCGGCUUGAAACGCCGGGAACUUUAAUGAGUGUUUUGACAGCAGCACAUCUAACAAGUAGCUCAUUUUCUGCCAACGAUGGAGAAUUUGCUCCAGUUGCCCUGCUGGAAAAUGAGGGACCGUGUGGAACAGAGAGACAAGCCAUCCCAAGUGAAGCCAUGCUAGACCAGCCAACCUCCAGGUGGCCAGUGGGACCAUUAAAACAAUGGCUUCCUAAACAAGAGGGGAAGGUAGGAGUGGCCUGUGACAUUGAAGUAGAAGAACAACCAGGACCAAGAUCUGAUGAUGAUGAUACAAAUUUUGAAGAAUCUGAAGAUGAGUUGAGAAAUGAAGUAGUAGAAUCCCUGGAAAAACUCUCUACUUCCAAAGAGGCAGAAAAAAGGGAAGAGGUUUCCAGUUCCUCUAAGGAUGCUGAAAAGAAAGAGAGGGGAUAGGCAUACAGAAAUAUGCAGAAUUAAAUGAAAGUUUGUAGAGUAUUUUUACUCCAUCUGAUGACAAAAUUUGUAUUGUUGAUGAAGACCCAGGAACAUCAACCACCAGUCAAAAUAUACAAGUGUGAUUAUUGAACUUUUUCUUAAAUAACAAGUUAGUAUCUAUUACAGUGUCUCUUUGGGAGCAGUCAUAAAUAUACAUUUAUUGUAAGGGUUUUCCAGUAAUCCCAAGGCUUUAUUAGUUUUCUUCUCAAUUUAGACAAUAGGACUAACUUCUGAAUUAAUUAAAAUUAAUAAAAUUUACUUAAUUAAAAUUAUUUAAUUUUUUUAAAUAAUAAUUUAAAAAUUAUUUAAAAUUAAUAUUUUUACGCUGAGAAAUCUUUCAGAUAAUAUGUGUGGUUGGCAGAGUAAUGUGGCUCCCCUCACCCCACAUGCACCCAAAAAUGUGAAUAUAUUUUUACCUGGCAGAGGGGAAUUAAGGUUGCAGAUGGAAUUAAGGUUGCUCAUCAGCUGACCUUAAAAUAGGGAGGGUAUCUUGGAUUAUUCAGGUGGGCUCAAUGUAAGCACAAGAGUCUUUGAAAGUGGAGGAGGGAGGGAAAGGAGAGAACCAGAGGUGGCAGCUGAGAGGGAUUCAGGUUGAUGCUGCUGCCUUUGAAGAUGGAGGAAGGAGCCACAAGCCAAGGAAUGCAGGCAGCCUCUAGAAGCUGGGAAAGGCAGGGCAACGGAUUCACCCCUAAGGCCUGCCGAAGAAAUGCAGCUCUGCCAACGCCUUGGUUUUAGCCUAGUGAAAUCCACUUUAGAUUUCUGACCUAUGGAAGUGUAAGAUAGUAAGUUUUUGUUGUUUUAACUAAGUUUGUGGUCAUUUGUAACUAGUGAUAGAAAACUAAUAUACAAACUCAUUCAUUUAAAAUAAUGAAUCUGUCGUUUUAUAAAACCAUGACUUUGAAAUUUCUUAAGGUAUAUUGAACAUGCUUUUCUGAAGCUGAUGUUGACACUUACAGGAGUAAGGAGAGGAACAAGGCAUGUCAAUUAUGUACCAAAUAAUAAUUUUAUUGUUUCAUUGAAUUAUUUUCUAAUAGUUUCAAAUGUAUAGAUUAUAAACUUCUGGAAGGCAGGGACUAUAUCUGGUCUUUGUUUCUUAUGAUGAUCUUUUUAUAUAUAGCACUUAGCACCAUGCUAGAAAUGUUUCUUAACUGAGUAAGUAAAUACUAAUACAAUUUCCUCAUUAAGACUGUAAGCCCUUUGAGGCAGGAAACUAGACUUAAACUUUUUGUAUUAAUUAUAACAAUCCCAGUGUUGAACAUGUGCCUGGAGCUUAGCAGAUAUUUGUUGUACCUGCUGUUAUGAAGGACAAGAGUGGUUAUAUCUAAGUGGUAGAAUUCAGCCUGAAAUAGCUGGUCUAUAAUGAAAAUAAAACUAAGUUGGCACAUUGAUGCAUUGCUGAACCAAGUAAACAAA